UCGAACAUCUCCCGAAUGGACAGCCCGUACGGCGAGUGCUCGUCCACCAGUGAUUUUCUCAGCACCUACAAAGUCAAGUACACGAGAACGACCUGUCAGAAAGUGUGUGAACAGCAGAUCCUACUGGAGACAUGUCAGUGCUACGAUCAGAGGGCCCUGCAGACAACCAAACUGAUGAAUUUUGCCGGUGGUCUCCCUCCAUGCCAGAAUGAAACACAGAUGGAGUGCCUGACCCAGGUCCAGUGGAACUUCACCAAGGACAACGCCAAGUGCAACUGCAACAGUCCCUGUCGCGAGAUACAGUUUGAUAAAACAAUCUCCAGUCGACAGUGGCCAAGCGAUCAGUUUGCU